UUCACUUUCCGUUCUUUCAGUUUGUCGAGAACGUUUGAACGCAACGGGACUUUUGGAAAUCGUGCGUGCAGGCGAACCCCAAAAAAAGCUGAGCGAACAGCAAAAAAAAAGAAAAGAGAAAAAAAGAAUUCCAAAUUGCAAGCAAACGCGCUGAGGAAGAAAUGUGCAAAAAAAUAGUGCAAAAAUAAAAGCCAAAAGCGCGUCAAGCGAAAAUGUGCGGGCAGCGUGAAAAAAGCUAAAACGAGAACAAGUGUAAAAAUGUAAACUACAACACGCACACACACAACCGCACAUCGCAUACGUGAAUGUAAGUUGCUGCAGCACAGAGAGAAAAAAAAGCAGAGAAGCGACAGCAAAGCAAAGCAAAGCAAAGCAAAAAUUUUCCAUUUCCCCGACGCGCACAACAAUAAAGCGAAAAUGACAGCAAUACGUUUAAGCAAUAAGAAAAUGCUUGGCCAGCAGCGCCAAAUGACAACAACACCAACAAAAGCAACAACAACUACAACAAGACAACAUCAAUAACUCAAGAUGAAAUGCAAGGAAAGAAUAGAAGCGACAAAGUAAGCAAAGUGAGUUAGAGGAAAACCCAAAAAGCAGAAGAAGAAGACGAAGAAGAAGCAAAGAAUUACUACUUUACUCAAUCAAGCAAGUUGAAAUAAAUUAAGCUAAUUAAAUCAAAGAAGCUGCCGUUAAUGUGUGAAAGCUUUAACUAGAACUAAGUCCAAGUGAGCCAAAGAAAAAAAAGAGAAAAACUUCAAAUACAAGAAGAGCAAAAUCAAGAGAAGCUCAACGAGAAAGAGAAAGAGAGAGAGAGAGAUCAGAGAUCACAGUGAAGCCUCCAUUGACCGCCGAAUACCUCGUGAAUCGCCUCGUCCCACCAUCCCUCCUCCCACACAAAGAAACAACAAACAAAUACGCCCCGUGAUCGUCUUGGGACACUGAAACAUUCCACCACACAGUAUGGCCUCGGUCGCCGCUUGGCUGCCCUUUGCACGGGCGGCGGCCAUCGGUUGGGUGCCGAUUGCUACGCAUCCAUUGCCACCGCCUCCCAUGCCCAAGGAUCGUCGCAAAACGGACGACGAGAAGCUGCUGAUAAAUGUCUCCGGUCGUCGGUUUGAGACCUGGCGCAAUACGUUGGAAAAAUACCCGGACACGUUGCUCGGGUCGAACGAACGGGAAUUCUUUUACGAUGAGGAUUGCAAAGAGUAUUUCUUUGAUCGGGAUCCGGACAUCUUUCGGCACAUACUCAACUAUUAUCGCACUGGGAAAUUGCAUUACCCGAAACACGAAUGCCUCACCAGCUACGACGAGGAGCUCGCGUUCUUUGGCAUCCUGCCGGACGUCAUUGGGGAUUGCUGCUACGAGGACUAUCGCGAUCGGAAGCGUGAGAAUGCCGAGCGCCUGAUGGACGACAAACUGUCGGAGAAUGGUGAUCAGAAUUUACAGCAGUUAACCAACAUACGCCAGAAGAUGUGGCGUGCCUUUGAGAAUCCACACACAUCGACCAGUGCGCUGGUCUUCUACUAUGUCACCGGCUUCUUCAUUGCCGUCUCCGUCAUGGCCAAUGUGGUGGAAACAGUGCCCUGCGGCCAUCGGCCCGGACGUGCCGGCACCUUGCCCUGCGGCGAACGCUACAAAAUCGUAUUCUUCUGCCUGGACACCGCCUGUGUGAUGAUCUUCACCGCCGAGUAUUUGUUGCGUCUCUUUGCGGCGCCCGAUCGCUGCAAGUUUGUGCGCAGCGUGAUGAGCAUCAUCGAUGUGGUGGCCAUUAUGCCAUACUACAUUGGUCUGGGCAUCACGGACAAUGAUGAUGUUAGCGGCGCCUUUGUCACGUUGCGUGUGUUCCGCGUUUUUCGCAUUUUCAAAUUCUCCCGCCACUCGCAGGGUCUUCGCAUCCUCGGCUAUACGCUCAAGUCGUGCGCCAGUGAAUUGGGCUUUCUGGUCUUCUCACUGGCCAUGGCCAUCAUCAUAUUCGCCACGGUCAUGUUCUAUGCCGAGAAGAACGUGAAUGGCACCAAUUUCACAUCCAUACCGGCGGCCUUCUGGUACACAAUUGUCACCAUGACGACGUUGGGCUACGGUGAUAUGGUGCCGGAGACAAUAGCUGGCAAAAUAGUUGGUGGUGUUUGCUCGCUCAGCGGAGUGCUGGUCAUCGCCUUACCUGUACCUGUUAUUGUAUCGAACUUCAGUAGAAUUUAUCACCAGAACCAGCGCGCAGACAAGCGUAAAGCGCAGCGGAAAGCACGGCUGGCGCGCAUACGGAUUGCCAAGGCAUCAUCGGGAGCUGCCUUUGUUAGCAAGAAGAAGGCGGCAGAGGCGCGCUGGGCUGCACAGGAGUCGGGCAUUGAGCUGGAUGAUAAUUAUAGGGAUGAGGAUAUCUUUGAACUGCAGCAUCAUCAUUUGUUGCGGUGUCUUGAAAAGACAACGGAUCGUGAAUUUGUCGAGUUAGAAAUACCAUAUAACGGCCAGCCAAAGCGACCGGGCUCGCCCUCGCCGAUGGCCAGUCCCGCCCACUCGACGAACAGCGCUGCGGGUCUGUUGCAAUCUUGCUGCGGACGCUGCUGUUCCCAGCGUUAUCAGGCUUGUGGCAAGUAUAUGCCAGCUGCCAGCAAUGCUCAAAAUAGCCAAAACAAUCAGCCAAUGGAUGGCACCUAUCUGGUGGAGGCUUCGUUCUGAGCCAACGGUGGAUAAGGCGGAGAAGCUGAUGCUGAACUGGAGUUGAUGAUGAUGAUAAAGCUGACGAUGAUGCUGAUUUACGUUUACAUUUAGUCUAACUUGAAAAGUUUUUAAACUAAAUUGAAUUUGUUGUAGACACAAAACAAAACAAAACUAAACCAAAAAACAUGAAAACAAAAACAAAAGUAAACAAUGUGUAAUCUAAAAAUCUCUAAAAUCUGAUUUUCGAGUUAUAUGCAAAGUAUAUUUAAUUAAAUUUUGCAAAAAAACACCAAAAUGCAAACAUCUGAAUGUGUAAAAUGUAAUUAAAAUACAAACAACACGACGAAUGAACAAUACACAACAACACAAGCUACACAUUAAAGAGGAUAAACAUAGAAUGAGGAAAGAUGAUAGAUGUAUGAUGAGUAGAAACACCCGAAAACUUAAUUACCAAACGGCAAAGUCGGAUUUGAUUAGCGAGACCCCGUUAACAAAUAUGAAAAAUAAGAAAAUAUAUUAAUAAUAUGCAACACUAUUUACUUUAUAUAGGUGACAAGACAACAACAACAACACAAGAAAUAAGCAACAGAAGCAUUUUAGAGGAAUUUACUGUGUAUGUUUUUAAGCGGGCAUUAACAAAAUAAAUUAUAAAAAAAAAACAAAUAACAACAUAAUAGAAUUUGCAAAUAGAUUGAAGAAAGUAAAUUAACGAACGUAAUGUACACACUCAAGCAAGUUGCAUUGGGUCCAAAAAAGUAAAACAUAAAAACAAAAACAAAAUGAGAAUGAAAAUUGCAAAAUGAAAAAUUAAACAAAAUCGAUAAGGAAACAUUACCGCAAACAUCGUAAGCAAACGAUUUGUGUAGUAGCAAAAACCAAAAGAAAACAUUUAAUUAUUAUAAAAAAAAGUAAAAUGAACAAAUUUCACGUAUUUUUUAAAUGGUCCGUAGUUUAGUAUGUAUUUAUAAUAAUGUUCAACUAUCCACUAUUAUUUCUUCCAAGAGGCAAACCUUCCCAGGCCCAUUUGGCCUGGCACCUCUUUAAGUACGUAUUACUACUAGGAAUUCUUAUGAUUUUCUUAGCGCAUUCAAAAUUUUCGUAUAUUAUAUAUUUUUGAUAUAGUCCAAAAGGUUUCAGUUCAGUCAUCUCUCUUCGACACACUCUCUCUCUCUGUCUCUCUAUCUAUCUAUCUCUAUAUCUGUAUCAGUCAAAUAAAUCGUACUCCAAUGAACAAAUCAAAAUAUUUCGAAAAAGCGUCUUAAUAAAAACUUUCUUCCAAGAACUAAGUUAUUAACUAUUUAACUGUAUAUGUAUGUGUGUGUAGGUGAGGCUUUAAAUUGAAAUUGAAGCAUUAAAAAACCAAAACCAAAACCAAAAAAGAAAAACAAAAAUACAAACUAAAACUAAAACUCUUAGCAAAUUCUAACAAACUCAAAGUAAAUUAAAUAUUUAUAAAUUAAACCAAAUCAAACAUUUAAAAUUAGUUCAAUACGUAUUAAAAAACAAAUAAUAAAAAUAACAAAAUUGAGCUUGUAUGUAUGUAUAAUAAAUUUACUAUUAUUAUAAUUAUUAUUAUUAUGAUGAUAUUAUUACUAUUAUUAUUAUGUACUUAUUAUUAUGGUGUUAACUAUUUCAAUUGUAUUUUUAACUCUAAUUUCUAAUACAUUAAGUUCUACAUUAAUUUAGCAACAGUUUGUGCAACAACAAAGUAUUGCAGUGAAAGAAAAACUAUAAAUGAAAUGCAAACUCAAAACAACUUUAAAUGAUUCCAAUGCAAAAUAUAAAAUACGAUGAAUUUGGUUAACAAUACAACAAGUUUUGGCCAUUAGAGCUAACUCCUGUAGCGAUAUUCUAAAAGAAACAAACAAAACAAAAGCAAAACCAAAUUAACUAAAAACUACAAAACAAAAAACCGAAAACAAAAACAAAAACUAAAAGCUA